GCAGCGCCGCGGUGCGCAGGCGCAGCCGUCGGUGGGUCGGCGUUCGGCCGCCUGAGAGAUCCGAAAACCCGAGGCGUGGUCCCUUCCUGUCUCAAGAUGGAUAACAAGAAGCGCCUGGCCUACGCCAUCGUCCGGUUCCUGCACGACCAGCUCCGGCACGGGGGGCUCUCGUCCGACGCCCAGGAGAGCUUGGAAGUUGCAAUCCAGUGCCUGGAGACCGCUUUUGGGGUGACUGUGGAAGACCAUGACCUCGCUCUCCCUCAGACGCUUCCGGAGAUAUUCGAAGCAGCCGCCGCGGGCAAGGAGGUGCCGCAGGACCUGAGGAGCCCCGAGCGAACCCCACCUUCAGAGGAGGACUCGGCUGAGGCAGAGCGCCUCAAAACUGAAGGAAACGAGCAGAUGAAAGUGGAGAACUUUGAAGCCGCCGUGCACUUCUACGGCAAAGCCAUCGAGCUGAACCCGGCCAACGCGGUCUAUUUCUGUAACAGAGCCGCGGCUUACAGCAAACUCGGGAACUACACUGGGGCUGUGCAGGACUGUGAGCGAGCCAUCUGCAUAGACCCGUCCUACAGCAAAGCCUACGGCAGGAUGGGCCUCGCGCUCUCCAGCUUGAACAAGCACACCGAGGCUGUGGCCUACUACAAGAAGGCCUUGGAGCUGGACCCUGACAACGAGACCUACAAGUCGAACCUCAAGAUAGCCGAGCUGAAGUUGAGGGAGACGCCAAGUCCCACAGGAGGCGUCGGCAGCUUUGACAUCGCUGGCCUGCUCAACAACCCCAGCUUCAUGAGCAUGGCGUCCAACCUAAUGAACAACCCACAGGUUCAGCAGCUCAUGUCCGGCAUGAUUUCGGGCGGCCACAACCCGCUGGGGACUCCCGGCACCAGCCCCUCACAGAACGACCUGGCCAGUCUCAUCCAGGCCGGCCAGCAGUUCGCCCAGCAGAUGCAGCAGCAGAACCCAGAGUUGAUAGAACAGCUCCGGAGUCAGAUCCGGAGUCGGACCCCCAGUGCCAGCAACGACGACCAGCAGGAGUGACCGCCCACCGUUCCCGCGUUCUCAGCCCGAGCCUGCAGGGAUGUCCUGUCGCGCUGACUCGCGGCCCUCGUGUCUUCUCCCCCAGCCCUCCCCGUGCCGCCAGCUCCUUCCCACCGACUGGAGGCCGUGUCGCAUUUUGCCGUCUUCUCCCCUUGGACCACUCAAGAGAGAAAAAGAAACAGAAAUCGGACCUGCAUGUUAAGAUGGAUUUUUCUUACUCCCUCCGCCGUCCCCUCCCUGUUUGUAGUCUCCUGCGGCCCCUAGACCCUUCUCAAAACAGAGCCAGCAAGCUGUGAACGCAGACCAGCACUGACCUCUCUCAGCCCCCUGAAAACUCCGUCGGGGAAGCGUCUUCUAGACCGCGCUGGGCUGGGGUCGUCCUCGAGCCGCUCUCCAGGAAGCCUGCCCAUUUUGUGCUGAGCCGCGUCGGGGACACCCACGGCUCCCAGAGCCCCUUUCUGCAGCCCCGUGGUCCGUCCUCAGAGGAGACAUGAGAAGCCAAUUCUGAGUCGACCUUGGCCUCCCCAGCCGCGUCCUGCUCGGAUGAGCUCACUGCCAGCCGCGGUCUGGGCACCAGUGGCCGCCCUGCCCCUCAGACCGUGGGUUUUCGUUUGAGGAGCUCUUCAGACACAUUUUCCUAAAAGACGAUUUCCGUGACCUUGCACCCCUGUUGGGAGCAGGGGUGGGACCAUCCUGGGGUGCACGGGACCAGGUACUGGGACUUGACUUCCAAUCAAGCAUUUGGAUGGACACGUGUCUCAUCUCUGAUCCUCUUGUCCCAGUACUCAUGACCGAUAGACCCCAAGCCCGUCCCCAGCUGGGUGUCCAGCCCACUGCCCUUCUGUCCACGGACGAUCCUGCCGGCCGGCAUGUUGGGUCCCUGGCAGGCUCUCCUGCCCUGUUCAGGGCUGGGGGUCCAGCAGGGGUCCCUGGCGCCCCCGCCUCAGCCUUGCCAGACAGCCACCAGAGCUGCUCCCAGCGGGGCAGGAGCGCCAGCCACGGCCGGACAGCCCGCCCAGGACACAGGGCCACUGCAGAUGUGCCCACGGCUUCCACUUGGGCGGGAUGGGGGGAGGGCAGGUCUGCAGGCACCAAUGUUGGCAUCUGGAUCAUGUGAGGUUCCCUCACGGUCUGGGCCGUCUGCGAGGUAGACCCAGUACGUGCGUGCUGUAGGUAACUAGUGGGAAGACGGGCCACUGCCAGCCACCCGCAGUCCGUCCCACGUCUGGCGAGAUGUGUCCUAACUUGAGUGCUAGCCACGGUGACAAGAAACGUGUGGGGAAUAAAUAGGCAUCACGACCUCUGCUCCA